UACCUUCCUCAAGUCACUUUGUUAAUGAAGACUUGCAUUGAUGGGGCAUUGACCAAUGAAGAUGGUGUUACCAUUUUGGACCAUGCUACAGUUAAUAACUACGAGCAUGCCAACCAUCGAAUUGCUGACCAUGGUUUGGUUUAUGCUGACUAUUACUUUUUGGAAGUAGGAAACCGUCUGAUAGAUAUGGGAUUAGCUUAAAUAAUCUUUAGAAGGACGUUUGGGUGCCUGCUGAAACACAGUUAGACAGGUACUCACGGUCAAAAGAGAUUGCAUACAAGUCACUUUUUUUUUUUUUCCAACUUUCAGAAGAACCUGAAUGUCACUAAUAAACAAG